GGGUAGUGAGCCGUGAAGGUGACUUUGUCCUUCGCGGUACGCACUGCUGACUGCACAGAGGAGACUGCCAUCUCAUUUAGUGACUUGUGUUAAUCACUAACUAACGACACACACACUCCCUCAGCCCAGAUAACAUCACGAGGCGAUGUGGGGAUGACCCUGCUGGGGCUGCCGUGCCUGAAAUAUUGAAAGUAGCCACCCCCUGUGAGUGGCUGGUCCGCCCCUCCGGCGCGGGACCCCACACCCGGCGCCAUGUCGCUCCAGAGCAGCGGGCGGCAGCAGAGAGAAGCACACGGCGCCAGCGCAAGGGCGGAGGGGCAGCGGCAGCAGGAGGAGGAGGAGGAACGCCGGGAGGUGACCCUCUUCCGCGAGUACCUGCGCAUCCGCACCGUGCACCCCGAACCCGACUACGACUCUGCUGUUGCAUUUUUGGAGCGCGUGGCCAUCGAUCUUGACCUUCCAUUGAAGAAGUAUGAGCUGGAGCCCUCUCUCGUUGCCGUGGUGAUCACGUGGGAGGGCAGCAACCCCGCUCUGCGCUCCGUGCUGCUGAACUCCCACACGGACGUGGUCCCUGCCUUCCAGGAGCAUUGGCAGUACGACCCGUUCGAGGCGGUGAAGGACGCCGAGGGGAACAUCUAUGGCCGUGGAGCGCAGGACAUGAAGAGCGUGGGCAUCCAAUACGUCGAAGCGAUCCGGAGACUGCGCGACGAGGGGAAGCGCUUCCCACGCACGCUGCACCUGCUGUUUGUCCCCGAUGAGGAGGUCGGAGGAUUUCGUGGGAUGAGCCUCUUCGUUAAGAGCCCAGAGUUCAAAGCCUUGAACGUGGGAUUUGUUCUGGACGAAGGCCUAGCCAAUCCCACAGAUGCGUACACCGUGUUCUACGGGGAGCGCAGCUGCUGGUGGGUCACCGUGAAGUGCACUGGCCACCCGGGGCAUGGCUCACGCUUCAUCACCAACACUGCCGCCGAGAAACUGCAAAAGAUUAUAAACUCCUUCCUGGGCUUCAGAGAAAAGGAGAAGGCAAGGCUGGACUGCAGUGCGUGCAUGACGCUGGGCGAUGUCACCACCGUGAACCUGACCAUGGUGCAUGGCGGAGUGCAGUACAACGUGGUGCCCGUGGAGCUGGCCGCCAGCUUCGAUGUCCGUGUGCCUCCCACUAUCGACCUGCAGGCGUUCGAGCAGCAGCUGGAGAGCUGGUGCCGCGAGGCCGGGGACGGCGUCACCUACGAGUUUGCCCAGAAGGGAAUGGACCAGAGUGUGACGUCUACGAGCGAGUCGGAUCCCUGGUGGGGCGCCUUCUCUGCUGUCUGCCGCGACAUGAACCUGGACGUGAAGACAGAAAUCUUCCCCGCCGCAACCGACAGCCGCUAUCUGCGCGAGAUUGGACUUCCGGCCAUCGGCUUCUCUCCGAUGAACCGCACACCCAUCCUGCUCCACGACCACAACGAGUUUGUGAGCGAAGCCGUGUUCCUGCGUGGCAUCGACGUGUACGCGGGCAUCCUGCCAGCCCUGGCCAGCGUGCCCGCAGUCCCCGCCGAGCACUGAUUGCCCGCCGGCUCCUCUACGCCACGCUUCCUAGAUCAAACCUCGACCUGAAAGGCUGGAAACCCGUUGAUACAUUUCCUAUAUCAAACACUGCCUGAAACAUUGAAACCUGUUCAUACACUUCCUGUGUAAAACAAUCUACCUGAAAACUCAGUUCCAGGACUCUAACUGAAGGAAUCUGUAACCUGCAAAAAACAUUUGUCUAGGAUUGUCUCUAACUGAAGGAAUCUGAAACAACCUGCUAAUCACGAUUGUCCAGGACUGUCUCUAACUGAAGGAAUCUGAAACAACCUGCUAAUCACGAUUGUCCAGGACUGUCUCUAACUAAAGGAAUCUGAAACUACCUGCUAAUCACGAUUGUCCAGGAUUGUCUCUAACUGAAGGAAUCUGAAACUACCUGCUAAUCACGUUUCUUGACUCUAUCUCUCUCUGCCUGAAAAUUUAAAUAUAAAAUAUGAUCACACACGAGCCAGUAAUGUACCUUUAAAAUGUAAUGUACAUCCUCGAAAUUUGGAAAACACCAUAACCAGUUAACCAAUUUACUUGAAGCAUGAAAUGUCAACAAUGUAAAAUUACUUUCUGCCUUGACCUCGUAGAUAACAUUUGCAAACUUAAAUGGCUAUGGCCCAAAGCAUGGCGUGUGUGUGCACAGCUGCAUUCAAUACACGUUGCAAACCUGCUCCUGGGUCCGUCUUUCUCUCCGUCUCCAAAAUAUUUCUAAACAUUAUUCCCCCGAAGUGUGACGAACAUCUCUCCACUCCCGUCCGUCACUGAUCGGCUCCUCGGGGCCCAGCAGACGCCCCAGCUCGGAUCGACCUCCUUCCAACUCUGCUGAAGAUGGCGCCUCGCGCGCUUUUUUCAGCAGUUUUACUUGAUUCCUGUUUGUCGUGGUCAAAUCUUGUAAUCAACAUUUAGUCUACUUCCUGAUGUCCAAUCAAUUCCAAAGUUUGCACACGUACUCGGAUGACAAUGCACGCAUGUAUCAAAAUCGGCAUCAAUUAAUCAAUUAAUGAGCGACUUCAAAGCAAUUUACAUUUUGUUGCAUAUAGCAGCAGCGAUGCUGUUGCUAUAGGGCUAUACCUAAUAAAUGAACUUGAACUUGAUGUGAUCCCGAUUGAGUAAUUUGCGGUGCCAGUUUUUUUGGCAAAAUUAGACUGUGAAGCGGUCACACAGUAGCCUCAUCGUUUCGAAUGAUGGCACGGGACUUUUAACAUCUACUGUGAAGCAGACGGCACACGUGUUAUACACUUAAGGUAUUAACCGGGGUGGCCAGCCGGUGUCGAAUCGUGAACCUCUGCAACACGCAAUAAAGUGCGAACGCUGGGUCGCGUCUCCACGCCAGACUUUGUUGAAAUAGCAACUCAGCAGAUCCGCCAGUCACGCUGCGGCCUUAGCCGGAGAGCAUGCAUAAUGGGCAACGUUUUGGGUCAACCCCCUACUUCAGAGCACACAAGGGCCAGACGCGGCGUCCGGAUAUCAACCAUUUUAAGGCCGCAGUGUUGACUUGUUAAUUUUAAUCAUUUGUUCUUGUGUGGCACUGUGAGUGCAGUAUCAAAAACUGAUGGCUGUUAAAUGAAGUUAUUGGUUUGAGACGAAUGACAUUUGAACGUGUUGCACUUCAAUAAAAAUGAAUAUCCACGUAGAAAUCAUCAAA